GUUUCUCAGGUUGUUCUUCUUCCCCUCUGUAGAUCCAGAACCAGUCCCAGCACCAAUCUAGAUACCAUUGUCCGGUCCCAGCACCAGACCACCCGAUGAAGUGCGGAGGGACCAAACACCAGACCUUCACCCCGAGCAAGCGGACCACAGGGGAGUGCCACAAUUGUCCUCCAGGUCUAGGGCUCCCUUGUGUCUGCUUGCUCUUCAGGUUGUCUUUCCUCCCCUCUACAGAUCCCGACCCAGCCCCAGUUCCCGGUGCCGGGUUCCUGUUUUCUCAGAGGCCCACAGUCCCAGCACCAACCCCUGGUUUUCCAGCACUGUUACCACCACAAUUUCUAACCUGGCCCCAACACCAACCCAGGUUUUCCUGGUCCUAGGCCCAACACCAGCACCAACCCUGGACACAGCACUGACCAACCAGAAUUGCCACCUUCAUCCAGCAACUGGUAGCUCAACCCUUCCCCUCCCCAAAGACACAUUGUGGACUGACUGACGGACUGAAUUGACUGGCAGAUUCGUCUGAUUCCUUUUUUUCAUUCAUUGAUUUCUUUUCUUUUUUUCUCUUCUUAACUUUUGUUUGAUUGGAUGAUCAGAUGGUUUGCUUUACUUGAAUUGAUUACUUAUAGUUUGAAUUGUUGAUUAUUUUGAAUUAAUGUUCGACUGAAUGUUUACUUGUUGAACAUUUUAAACUGUAAUGAAUUUCGGAAUAACCAAAUAAAUUGACCUUAAUGUUUACAUAGCAGGUUAAGAGAACUACUGUAGCAGGUUGUGAGAAUUAAUGUGGCAGGUUAGGAUAAUGAGGAUAAGGUUAGGAAAAGGGUUAGGUUUAGCUAAAUGUACCUCUUCAGAUGCAAAAUCGUUCAAUCCCAGAAAGUGUUCAACUGCAAAACAAUCAAGUGCCGUCCUUCUGACUGACAUGCGCAACAUUGCGCGUGCACCGAAGUGUACGCAUCACACCAAAGACAGUAAAACGCACUUCUCAAAUCAAAUCUGUCGUAUGUUUACACAAGCAUACAUAUUUUCUUAAGAAUAUAGCUCCAUAAUUUACUUUACAACCAUCAUAACUUCGCUUUUCCUGCUAGCUGUGUUUAACCUGAACGAGCCACCAUAUUGCGUCACAUGUUGAGUUCACCAAUUUGACUUUUUGUUGGUUCAGAUGGUAGUUCUCUAUGUUCCCGAUAGUUUUAGAAAGCCAGAAUUAUAACUGAAACGGUAUUUUGCGUUUUGGACACUAGCUACAAGUAUUCUGUGGACUUUCGAGUUUCUUGUCGUGUAUGACAUACAAUACAGUUCUCAAUCUUUUGAAAUAAAUUACGACGCUACAGUGUGUUGACAUAUUAGCUAGCUAGCUAACUUGCUAGCUCAUUGGCCAGUUUCAGGGAAAAAAUAAAUAGUCUACAGCUACAGAUGCGGCUAAAGGAUCCCUUCUCCUUGAAAGCCGUCGGCAUGACUAAGCGGACUAACAAGCCAAGGAAGCCUCGAGAUGAGGAGUCGUCGGACGAAGUAAGCGGGCUGACCUGCCAGCAUGUCAGCAAGGCAGUGGACCUGAGCUCAGUCAAGAAGGUGGUGACCUCGAGCAUGUGGUCGAUGUGUUCAGAUUGCCUGAGGGAAAGGACUAUGAUAGAUGGAGAGCCAGCCAGUGGCCACGACAUCCUCGUAUGCCUCAAGUGCGGCUUCCAGGGCUGUAGCCAGUCAGAGAGCCAGCACUCCACCAAGCAUCACCAAACCCUCCACCUUGAGUCCCACUGCAUCACCGUCAGCCUCGGCACCUGGAAGGCCUGGUGUUUUGAAUGUAAUGAAGAGCUCUCCACUCACUGCAAUAAGAAGGCUUUGGCCCAGACCCUGGACUUCCUACAAAAGCACUCUGUCAAGGCAGCCUCAGGAACAACAUCGAAAAUGAUCAAGCUUAGGGAGGAGCCCAGCGACUAUGCAGACCAGUCCAGAGGGAAGAGUCCGGUCAACAACAGCACACUGGUCCCGGUCAAAGGCAUCAACAACCUAGGAAACACCUGCUUCUUUAACGCAGUUAUGCAGAAUCUGUCCCAGACUCACAUGCUGAACGACCUGAUACAGGAUGUGAAGGCGAAGGGACACAAGCUGAAGAUCUGCCCCCCUGCCGAGUCAAACGUGGGGGCGUUGACGGUGACUCUGCCCAGCCCAGAGCCCCUGACCUCGGCCAUGUUCCUCUUCCUACACAGCGUGAAGGAGUCUGGGAAGGGCUCUGUCAACCCCAAGAUCCUUUUCAACCAGCUCUGCCAGAAGGCUCCACGCUUUAAGGGCUACCAGCAGCAGGACAGCCAGGAGCUGCUCCAUUACCUACUGGACUCCAUGAGAGUAGAGGAGACUAAGCGGAUCAAAGCGGGCAUUCUGAAAUCCUUCAACAACCCCACAGAGAAGACUGCAGAUGAUGAGACCAAACGCCAAGUCAAAGCAUACGGGAAGGAGGGUGUGAAGCUGAACUUUGUGGAUCGCAUCUUUGUGGGGGAGUUGACCAACACCAUCAUGUGUGAGGAGUGUGAGCAUAUCUCCACAGUGAAGGAAGCCUUCAUUGACAUCUCCCUGCCCAUCAUUGAGGAGCGGAUGUCCAAGCCGUCCAACCCGGGCAGGACUGGGAAGAGCAGUCGGGAGCAAGAAGCUCACGUCUCCCACGGUGGCGAGAUGCUUUCCGCAGUGCUCAAUAAGAACAGCAGGAAACUUAGCGCACAGAAGCAGCAGCAGGGCCAGAAGUCCCCUGGCUCUGUGGAGGUGAAGGGGGCAGAAAGCCCCUUGGACCACCCCUCGGAGGAGUCCCACUCCGUAAUGGCCCGUGCUGCAGGUUCCAAAAUGGCCGCCACCAGCAGCCUAUCGGACGGCAGCGAUAAAGACUCGGGCCCUCAGGACAGCAGCAACGACGCCGACAGCGAGGCCUCGGAGAGCGAGUGGACCCCCCGGCACCCAUCGGGCCACAGCCAUGGUGGCAGAGGGUCCACCCCUACCCAGUCUCCCACCCCGCCUGCCCUCUCCCCCAGGACCCAGCAGGGUGGUGCUGUGGAGCAGCUGGUCAGUGCAGUGCAAAAGAUGAACCUGGGCCCUGAUUCAGGGGACUCACCCUCCACACACUGUCCUGAGGACCAGGGGGAGCCCCAGCCUCAACAUCCUCAACAGUCUCCUCACUCCCACCACCAGGGGGCAUUCAAGGCACUGUCCCACAGCUACACGCCCUGCUCCAAGGAGUGCUCCGUUCAGUCCUGCCUUCACCAGUUCACCUCGGUGGAGCUUCUGAUGGGCAACAACAAGCUGUUGUGCGAGAGCUGCACGGACCGCCGGCAGAAACAACUGCAGAAGAGCACCUCAGUAGAGAAGAAGUCUGACAAGGUGUACACCAGCGCUCGCAAACAGAUGCUGAUCUCUUCGCUGCCCCCGGUGGUCACUCUGCACCUCAAACGCUUCCAUCAGGCAGGGAUGAACCUACGAAAAGUCAACCGUCACGUCAACUUCCCCCUCCUCCUGGACCUGGCUCCGUUCUGCUCGGCAUCCUGCAAAAACCUGGUGGCGGGGGAGCGUGUGCUCUACAGCCUGUACGGCAUCGUGGAACACAGCGGGUCGAUGCGGGGCCACUACACAGCAUACGUAAAGGUCCGCUGGCCCCAGAGGAGAACCGAGCAGCCACACGCAGAUGUUUCAGGUCCAAGGGAAGCAAGCAGUGCCACACAGGGUCAGUGGGUUUAUGUAAGUGACACCAAUGUCCACGCGGUACCAGAAUCCAGGGUCCUCAACUCUCAAGCUUACCUGCUGUUCUACGAGGAGAUGCUGUGACUGCCAGAGCACGGAGCUGACCAACAAUCAUUGGUCUCUCAGGAGACGGAGGAAGAGGGGAAAAAGAGAGAGAGACCUGCGUUGGUUAUACCUCUCUCUAAACUUUGACUCCCAAGAGCAUGAAACAUGGCAUGAUGGGAUUGGUCGGCCAUCAGGGACAUAAAGUUACCUUGAUGUAUACUGGACUGCUCAGCAUUGAAGGGUCACCACACUGGUCGACUUACUGAACGUCCCCAUACAGUUGCUCAUACUUCUGUAUGUGAAAGAGAGUGAGCGAGAAAGUGAGAGAGGGGCAGAAUAGUAUGUUUAAUUAAAUGUACAAAAAAAUGCUAUGUUAUUUAUAUUUUACAGCCUGCUGUGGUGAAUACGAAUUGUAUUUUUUGUAGAACACGCGAAUGUGUGACUAUCAUUAAAUGGUGAUUGCCAAAGAGUUUUUGGUAAGAGAAAUUAUAUAGAAUUAUGGGAAACAUAUACAAAAGACUUAAGUACCAAAAGAAUGUGAUCUCAAACUAUUCCUGAAAGGAGAGGUCCAUAAUGUGACAGGCCAUCCGAGUGUGUUUCAGACCAACUGUGUUGGUCGGCACAGUUUUUUUCAAAUCCUAGUUCUAUUAAAUGUGCACAAACAAUCUCUAACCACACAGAUACAAACGCAUUGUGAUGUUUAACAAAGGGACAUUGCUACAUAUAUGAUUGCCAGCUCGCCGGACAAUAAACAAUUAUUUUCAUUUCGUUUAUUCUUUUUAUCCCAUAUUUUCUGCUGUAGUUAAACUAAAGGCAGUGAAUGUGUUGAUCAAUCUUGGGAUUCGAUUGUGUCUCACCAUUUAUGUUAAUCGUUCUGCAAAUAUUUUUUGGAGGGGAAUGAAAUGGAGAUAUUUUAUCUGUUGAUUGUUGUGAAAUUGCCAAAUUAUUCUGGUCAAGUGAAGGAUUACUGUAAGUAAAGAUAUGGUUUGAUAAUUUCCCCCCCCCAAAACAAAUAAAUACUCAGUGCCUACACUC